CUCUUCCGUAUUUGCAGAUUCUAUGUUGCUGAGGUCCUGCUUGCUCUUGAAUAUUUGCACAUGCUUGGUAUUGUGUACCGAGAUUUGAAACCUGAAAACAUUAUGGUCCGAGAAGACGGUCACAUCAUGCUAACAGAUUUUGAUCUGUCACUUAGAUGUUCUGUUAACCCGAUGCUCCUUGAAUCUUCUUCAUUGGGAAUGGAGCCACCAAAGAUAUCUGGUCCAUGUGCAGGGUCUAACUGUAUUGAUCCUUUCUGUACUGGACCUUCAUGUCAGGUAUCAUGCUUUAGCCCUAGGAUUUUACAUGCCAAUGCAAAGUCAAGGAAGCAGAAAGCUGAAGCUUCUGCCCAGGCUAGAUUGUUACCGCAGCUCGUGGCUGAGCCAACUGAGGCAAGAUCCAACUCAUUUGUUGGUACCCACGAGUACUUGGCUCCAGAGAUCAUUAAAGGAGAAGGUCAUGGGAGCGCAGUCGAUUGGUGGACAUUUGGUGUUUUUCUGUACGAACUUCUGUAUGGGAAGACGCCAUUUAGAGGUGCUGGUAACGAAGAGACAUUAGCCAAUGUGGUGUUGCUGAAUAUCAGGUUUCCCGACAAUCCAAUUGUUAGUUUUCAGGCAAGAGAUCUCAUCAGAGGUCUGUUGGUGAAGGAACCGGAGAACCGGUUGGGGACAGAGACGGGAGCUGCCGAGAUCAAACGACACCCAUUCUUUGACGGACUAAAUUGGGCACUGAUACGGUGCGCCAUUCCACCUCAAGUUCCCGAGUUCUAUGAUAAUGGAAUUUCCAAAAUAGCAGAAGAGGAAAAAUAUCUGGAAUAUAGUGCUACAGGAGAGCAGUUACAAUUUGAGUUGUUCUAGCUAAACCAUAUUGUUGGGAAGAAAAUUUACUGUCUGGUAAGCUGUAGCCUCCCAUCUUUGUAAGUACAUUCUGCUUAUAAUGUACAUUGUUGAGAGUAUUGCCCAAAGUUCCUCUUACUGGGCAUGGCAUUGGAAAUUUAUGUGAUUGUGACAAUUUAGUCCAGAAACACAUUUAUCAUGGUUUUGCAUGAUAUUCAGUUGA